AUGGAGUCAUUAACUGCCUCAUAAAAUACUAACAAAAAUCCAAAUGAAUCUUUGAUAGAUGAUGAUGUAUUCAACAGAUCAGACUCAUCUGACAACAUAAGCAGAGCAGAUCUUACUGCAAGUUAAGUAGCUAACAACAAUUAGCAGGAGGAAGUAAAAGUGCAGAUAGAUUAUGAGGAAUAUAUUCAAAAUAAACUUAGAGACAUUCUAGAGAACCCCCUAAUUGAAAUGGCUAAAAAAGAGAUAUCCUUAAACGCAGAGUUAAAGGUGCUUCAAGAAAAAGAACUAGCCUUGAGAGAAAAGACAAAUCUGCUUUUAGUAAAGCUAAACUAAGAAGCUGUAUAAUGA